CCUGACACCCGGGCCAGGACUACAGUUCCCACCACGCAGCGAGGCAGGAGGAAGAAGGGGCGCCGAGGGCUGCGAAGGAAACCAGGAGAAUAAGAAAACAUUUACCUGCAGCUUGGCGAGGAGACUAAAGUCAUGCCGUUCUCCAGCUCAGCCAGGACUGCCGAUGAGAACUUUGACUUCUUGUUCAAGGUCAUUCUCAUUGGAGAUUCCAACGUGGGGAAGACCUGUGUGGUUCAGCACUUCAAAUCUGGGGUCUACACCGAGACACAGCAGAACACAAUUGGGGUGGACUUCACCGUGCGCUCCCUGGAGAUCGACGGCAAAAAAGUGAAGAUGCAGGUGUGGGACACGGCGGGCCAGGAGCGCUUCCGCACCAUCACCCAGAGCUACUACCGCAGCGCGCACGCGGCCAUCAUCGCCUACGACCUGACGCGGAGGUCCACCUUCGAGUCUGUCCCCCACUGGAUUCAUGAGAUAGAGAAGUACGGAGCGGCCAACUUGGUCAUCAUGCUGAUCGGAAACAAGUCAGACAUGUGGGAGAAACGACACGUGCUGUUUGAGGACGCCUGCACGCUGGCAGAGAAGUACGGCCUCCUGGCAGUUUUGGAGACAUCGGCCAAGGAGUCCAAGAACAUCGACGAAGUCUUCGUGCUGAUGGCUAAGGAGCUGAUCGCCCGCAACAGCCUGCACCUGUAUGGGGAGGGCGCCCAGCACGGCUUCCCGCACGAUUCCAGCCCGGUUCUCCUGGCCCAGGCGCCCAGCGAGCAGACACAUUGCUCUUGCUGACGGAGCCGGCGCGGCCAGGCCGCCG